AUGUUCUUCAGGUCGAUUCUGACCUCGGCGCUGGCCUUGUCUCUGGGGUUUGAGACCGCCGCGGCGUCUAAGCAUGGGCGCUUCGCGCAGCUUGCUCGUGAUCCUCUGGAGAGAGCCCAGCGAGCUGCGGAUGCCGCACAUGUCAAGCCGGUGCGAUCCCAUAAAGGGUACCGGUUCUUGAACAAGGAGACCAAGCAUCACUUGGUCAGCCACCUUCCGGACGUGCCAUACGAUAUCGGUGAGAUGUACUCGGGAUUGAUGCCCAUUGACAAGAACAAUGAGUCUCGAGCCCUCUUCUACAUCUUCCAACCGACCAUUGGCAAGCCUGUCGAUGAGGUCACUAUCUGGUUAAACGGUGGUCCCGGCUGCAGUUCCAUGGAGGGCUUCCUUCAAGAGAACGGCCGUUUCACGUGGCUACCGGGCACUUACGCCCCAGUCGAGAACCAAUACUCCUGGGUCAAUCUGACCAAUAUGUUGUGGGUUGAUCAGCCCGUCGGUACGGGCUUCUCCAUCGGCACUCCCACAGCCACCACCCAAGAGGAGACUGCCCAAGAAUUUGUCAAGUUUUUCCAAAACUUCCAAGAGCUAUACGGCGUCAAGAACUUCAAGGUCUUCGUCACGGGCGAGAGCUAUGCUGGCCGCUACGUCCCGUACAUCUCUUCGGCCCUGCUCGAUGCCAACAUCACUCUUGGCGGUGCCCUCGCCUAUGACCCGUGCAUCGGUCAGUUCGAUUACGUCCAAGAAGAGAUCCCCGCGGUUCCUUUCGUCCAGCAGAACAAGAACCUGUUCAACUUCAAUGAGACCUUCAUGGCGGAACUGGAGCGUCUGCACAAGGAGUGUGGGUACGAGGAGUUCAUCGACACGUACCUCAAGUUCCCCCCACCCAAGGAACAGCCCCCUCUCUUCUUCAACUACACCAGUAUGGGUGAGUGCGACGUCUUCAGCAUGAUCUACAAUGAAGCCCUCGGCAUCAACCCCUGCUGGGACCUCUACGAGGUCAACCAGAUGUGCCCCCUGGCCUGGGAUGUUCUCGCCUUCCCCACCUCCCUGGUGUAUCUCCCCAAGGGGGCCUCGGUCUACUUUGACCGCAAAGAUGUCAAGCAUGCUCUCCACGCCCCCAACGUCACCUGGGCCGAAUGCUCCAAUGCCCCCGUUUACGUUGGCGGCUCUGCAGGCCCCGAACAAGAGGGCGACACCGCUGCCAACCCCAUCGAACACGUUCUCCCCAAGGUCAUCGAGGCCACCAACCGCGUCUUGAUCGGUAACGGUGACUUUGACUUUGUGAUCAUCACCAACGGCACACUGAUGGCCAUCCAAAACAUGACCUGGAACGGUCAACUUGGGUUCCAAAAGGAACCCUCGACCCCUAUCGACCUCCACUUGCCCGAUCUGCAGUGGAAGGAGGUUUAUGCCGAGAAUGGUGCGACCGGUCUGGAUGGAGGGCAAGGCAUCAUGGGUCUUCAGCACUACGAGCGUGGUCUGAUGUGGGUACAGACGUACCAGUCUGGUCACAUGCAGCCGCAGUACCAGCCUCGCUCGUCCUACCGUCACUUGGAAUGGCUGUUGGGGCAUACCGAGCAGAUUUAA